UGACUCACUGAGGAGGUGAUUCCAAUUUCCACAUAGAUGAGGGAGGGAGGGCAUGAAGCUCCAAUCCCAAAGAGGCACAUGAAAGCUGAGAUGAGAAGUGCGUGCGUAACUCUCCAAAACAAGUCAUUUUCCUAAGAGAGAGAAAGAGAGAUGCACUGCCGACGGCGUCCCUUUGCUGACUCUGCGCCUCACACCAUGAUGGUGGGGACGCUUCCUCAUUCUUAUCCCUUCCUUUUCCCCUCCACGUCCGGCGUUCCUUAACACCCACCCCUAAAACUCUUCCAACUUCCAUAUACCGUCCUCUUCUCCCCUCUCCAAAUCCGCUGCUCUGUCUCAUGGACAACCAGGCCGCUCAUCCAAAUCCUCGGUCCCACCACCACCCCUUCGGCGGCGGCGGAGGAGGAGGAGGAGGAGGAGGGGGCCGUGAGGACUGCUGGAGCGAAGGCGCCACAGAGACUCUAGUGGAGGCGUGGGGAGAUCGUUAUCUGGAGCUCAACCGCGGUAACCUCCGUCAGAAGGACUGGAAGGAAGUUGCUGACGCCGUUAACAGUCGCCAGAACGGAGUAAAGCCCCGGAAGACCUACAUCCAGUGCAAGAACCGGAUCGACACCUUGAAGAAGAAGUACAAGCUCGAGAAAUCGAAGCCGGCGCCGUCUUCCUGGCCAUUCUACUCCCGCCUCGACUACCUGAUCGGCGCCGCGGCGGCGGCAGCUCCGGGAGGGAAGAAAUUCGCGGCGGCAGCGCAGCGGAAGUCCCCCGCCGUGACUUUCACCGUGAAGGCUGGGAAGGACAAGAUCAGCCCUAGCCCCAACCAUAACCCUAAUGCCGUUGUGUAUUCCGGCGGAUCGUCAUCGAAGUCGAGGCUGCAGUCGGCGGGGUCGACGGAGAGCUCUCGCGGCGGAGGCCUUGACGACGGCGAUGACGAAGACGUGGUGUUCGAUGGCCGGGUCAGGAAGCAUCGGAUGGAUUCGAUGGAUUUAUCGGAUGGAGCGGCGUGUAGGGAAUUGGCGAGGGCGAUUUUGAAGUUUGGGGAGAUUUAUGAGAGGAUUGAGUGUGCGAAGCAGCAGCAGAUGAUGGACUUGGAGAAGCAGAAGAUGGAGUUCACUAAGGAUCUGGAAGUUCAGAGGAUGCAUAUGUUCAUGGAUGCUCAGCUCGAGCUUGAGAAGAUGAAGCACCCCAAGUUUGCAUCUGGCUCAGGGAAGAAGUUAUAGCUGGGAAUGGCACGAAGAACCACAUCUCCCUAUCCUGGAAGAGAAGGUGAUUUGAUGAUUUGCUUUGCAGAUUCCCCCUCUUGAAAAUGGGGUACAAACUAAUGACUGGUGGUGCACGGAAUGGAUGAUAAAAUUAUCGAAUGUUCACAAUGUGAAGCACUUACAAUGCCAUGCCUGUGUUUAUAACAUGUAAUUGGUAACUGUGCAUAUACCCAAAUGUGUUGCCCAGGCCUAUAUUGGCCUCAUUGUAGCUGUUGGGUUUGAAUUAUGGGUGCACCAAAUAUUUCAUAUUUGCCAGUAUAUUUGCCUUGUGUCUU